ACUCCUGUGGGCUUUAAUAAGUGCAGCCCGAGGAGGGCCUGCAGUCACAGUGUCACAACACAGCUCUCCUGUCCUCCCCUAGGUUCUUGCCUGAAUACCAGCUUGGGAGCUCCCCACUACCUGCUGCCACCUCCAACCCCAGCCCAUCACUAUGCACUCCUUGGACGAGCCGCUUGACCUGAAGCUGAGCAUCACCAAGCUCCGGGCGGCGAGAGAAAAGCGGGAGAGGACGCUGAAUGUGGUCCAGCACCGAGCUCUGCACAGGGAGCUUGGUCUGGUGGACAGUAGCCCCACCCCAUGCUCUCCAGGCUCCCCACCCUCAGGCUUCCUGCUGAACCCCAAGUUUCCUGAGAAGGUAGAGGGACGCUUUUCAGCAGCCCCUCUGGUAGACCUUAGCCUGUCGCCAUCAUCAGGGCUAGACUCCCCCAAUGGCAGCAGCUCACUGUCCCCUGAGCGCCAGAGCAAUGGUGACCUGUCUACAGUCCACACGACCCCGGAUUUCCGGCCACUGCGCUAUCUGGACAAUGUCCCCAGCUCCUUCCAGUUUUUCCUGCCUCUGGGUUCUGGGGGAGCCCUGCACCUGCCUGCUUCCUCCUUCCUCACCACCCCCAAGGACAAGUGCCUCUCACCAGAGCUACCCCUGCCAAAACAACUGGUUUGCCGCUGGGCCAAGUGUAACCAGCUCUUCGAGCUCCUGCAAGAUUUGGUGGAUCAUGUCAAUGACUACCACGUCAAGCCGGAGAAGGAUGCGGGGUACUGUUGCCACUGGGAGGGCUGCGCCCGUCACGGCCGAGGUUUCAAUGCCAGGUACAAGAUGCUCAUCCAUAUCCGCACGCAUACCAACGAGAAGCCGCACCGCUGCCCAACCUGUAGCAAGAGCUUCUCCCGCCUGGAGAACCUGAAGAUCCACAACAGGUCACACACAGGUGAGAAGCCCUAUGUCUGUCCGUAUGAGGGCUGCAACAAGCGCUACUCCAACUCAAGUGACCGCUUCAAGCACACUCGAACCCACUACGUGGACAAGCCCUACUACUGCAAGAUGCCCGGCUGCCACAAGCGCUACACGGACCCCAGCUCACUACGCAAGCACAUCAAGGCCCAUGGCCACUUCGUGUCCCAUGAGCAGCAGGAACUCCUACAACUGCGCCCACCCCCCAAACCACCACUGCCUGCCCCCGAUGGCAGCCCCUAUGUCAGUGGGGCCCAGAUCAUCAUCCCCAACCCAGCUGCCCUUUUUGGAGGCCCCAGCCUGCCUGGUUUGCCCCUGCCCCUGGCCCCUGGCCCCCUUGACCUCAGUGCCCUGGCCUGUGGCAAUGGUGGGGGCAGUGGGAGUGGGGUGGGCAUGGGCCCUGGGCUGCCAGGCCCUGUCCUGCCCCUCAAUCUGGCCAAGAACCCACUGUUGCCCUCACCCUUUGGUGCUAGUGGACUGGGCCUGCCUGUAGUCUCCCUCCUGGCUGGAUCCAUGGGUGGCAAGGCUGAUGGGGAGAAGGGAUGUGGGGCAGUGCCAGCCAGGGCCUUGGCCCUGGAGGGCCGCAAGACCCCCCUGGAGAGGACUGAGAGUAGUCGUUCCCGGCCCAGCCCUGAAGGACUCUCCCUGCUGCCAGGUACCGUGCUGGACCUGUCCACAGGCGUCAAUUCGGUGGCCAGCAGCCCAGAGGCACUGGCCCCUGGUUGGGUGGUCAUCCCUCCGGGCUCUGUGCUGCUCAAACCAGCCGUGGUGAACUGA